CCCUUCUCUUGCUAACAUGUCACAUCACCCCAUACUGCUGAUUCUUUGAUUGUCUCACCCAUUGUAACUGACCCUGCCCACUGCCUUUUGGUGUGAAUCAUGCAGUUAUUUGUGGCUUUUGUUUGUCUCCUGCCUCUGUCUCUCUUAAAGAGAAUGUAAACAAUUUGGAGAAGGGAGAGCUGUUUUCAUAUUCCAAAGCUCUUAAUUUGCCCUCUCCUUACUACUUUUAUAGAUCGCCCCCCCCUUUUUAAAUAUAGUGGUAGACAGCACUACUUUGUCACCUAAUUUUGCUACCACUUGUUCUGCUGUUGUGUCUGUCAGUGGCUGGUCAAGCAGCUGUACAACAGUAAAGUUCAUGUUACUAUGGCAAUGACUGCAGGGACUACAACAUCCUUUCCCAUGAGCAACCACACCCGGGAGAGAGUAACUGUGGCCAAACUUACAUUGGAGAAUUUCUACAGCAACCUAAUUUUACAGCAUGAAGAGAGAGAAACCAGACAGAAAAAGCUAGAAGUGGCUAUGGAUGAAGAAGGCCUGGCAGAUGAAGAGAAAAAACUGCGUAGGUCACAACAUGCCCGCAAAGAAACAGAAUUCCUGCGACUGAAGAGGACAAGGCUUGGUUUGGACGAUUUUGAAUCUCUGAAAGUUAUAGGAAGAGGAGCAUUUGGGGAGGUACGACUUGUCCAGAAGAAAGAUACGGGUCAUAUUUAUGCAAUGAAGAUUUUGAGAAAAGCUGAUAUGCUGGAAAAAGAGCAGGUUGCUCAUAUCAGAGCAGAAAGAGAUAUAUUGGUUGAAGCAGAUGGUGCUUGGGUGGUGAAGAUGUUUUAUAGUUUUCAGGAUAAAAGAAAUCUUUACUUGAUCAUGGAGUUCCUACCUGGAGGUGACAUGAUGACCUUACUUAUGAAGAAAGACACUUUAACAGAAGAGGAAACACAGUUUUACAUUUCUGAAACUGUGCUGGCCAUAGAUGCCAUUCAUCAACUGGGAUUUAUCCAUAGAGAUAUUAAACCAGAUAACCUCUUGCUAGAUGCCAAGGGUCAUGUGAAGCUAUCUGAUUUUGGACUAUGUACUGGUUUAAAGAAAGCUCAUCGAACUGAAUUCUAUAGGAACCUUACGCACAAUCCACCAAGUGACUUUUCAUUUCAGAAUAUGAACUCAAAAAGAAAAGCAGAAACAUGGAAGAAGAACAGGCGUCAGCUGGCAUACUCUACUGUUGGAACCCCAGAUUAUAUUGCCCCAGAAGUAUUUAUGCAGACUGGAUAUAACAAGUUGUGUGACUGGUGGUCUUUGGGAGUGAUUAUGUAUGAAAUGCUAAUAGGAUAUCCACCUUUCUGCUCUGAAACACCACAAGAAACGUAUAGGAAAGUUAUGAACUGGAAAGAAACUUUGAUAUUUCCUCCAGAGGUGCCCAUUUCAGAGAAAGCAAAGGACUUAAUUCUAAGAUUUUGUAUUGAUUCUGAAAAUAGAAUUGGUAGUAAUGGAGUAGAGGAAAUAAAGGAUCAUCCUUUUUUUGAAGGCGUUGACUGGGGGCAUAUCAGGGAGAGGCCAGCUGCAAUCCCUAUAGAAAUCAAAAGUAUUGAUGACACUUCCAAUUUCGAUGAAUUUCCUGAAUCUGAUAUUUUACAGCCAGUGCCAAAUACAACAGAACCUGACUACAAAUCCAAAGACUGGGUUUUCCUCAAUUAUACCUACAAGAGGUUUGAAGGGCUUACCCAGCGUGGCUCUAUCCCUUCCUAUAUGAAAGCUGGGAAGUUGUGAAACAAAACAAAACUCCACAAAAUUAGAAACAAAAACAACCAAAAAACUCAGGUAGCUGCAUCACCAGGCCUGCUUGGCGCAGAUAUCAAUACAGUGACUCUGGUGUGCAUCGACUUCACAAGGAAAUUCUACAGGAUUAGGAUUUCUAAGACUACUACAGGAAUUAGUUGGCAGUGCCAGCUGGGUUUUUUUUUUUUAAUAUUUGAAUAUUUUUGUUAACUUUAUUAUACAAAGGUACUGGAAUAAAAG